AUGGGAUAUUGGAAUCCCAACAUGUCUGUCGCAGCCGGUACGGCCUCAGACCCUCUGCUGCAUCAGGAUUUACAUACGGACCUUUUGACCUUUACUUUUUGCGGUUCGACGCCCUAUAAUCCGAACCAACCUUUAUUUAUCGAUGCCGAGGAUCCUUCUCGAUCUUUUACCGCGACACAAUUCCGACAAUUAGUUCGAACUUUGAUUGCUGGUUUCAAAGCGCAUAAUGUGCAACAGGGAGAUUGUGUCUUGCUGCAUUUGGGCAAUAGUAUCUUAUACCCUGCCCUCUUCUUCGGUAUCAUCGGCGCUGGAGGCGUGUACAUGGGCUCGAACCCUCGCAGCCAACAACAGGAAUUGGACCAUAUCGUUGGCCUUGCCGAACCCAAAUUGAUCCUUACAACUCGCGACGCAUUGAAAACAGUCCAAGAGGUUGCUGUAACCCGUGGAAUCUCUCCAGAGCAGAUUUGCGUGGUCGAUGACCGUGCUGUCGACCAUUGCGCCCAAUUGUUCUUGUGGUACGAACUAGGAUAUUCGGCUGGCACGGAUUUCUUCGCCAAGGCCGGCGGCGAUAAUGGACGACACCUCAACUUCGCCAAUAUGCUUUGCUAUGGUGAAAGUGACUGGGUGAUGUUCACGGAUCCCAUGUCGGCGCAGAACACCCCAGCAGCCAUGUUCUCGACUUCCGGGACUGGAGGUUUACCCAAGGCGGCCAUUCUGUCUCACCAUGCUAUCGUGUCGCAUCAUCGAUCGAUCCAGUAUGAUGUGCCUUACCCCGUCAGCCGAUUGAUGUCGCUUCCCAUGUUCCAUCUCUUCGGCGCAUUGUGGACUCAUCUUUUCCCUGUGCGCUAUGGCCACCCGCUCUUUGUUUUGUCACGUUUUGAGACAAAGCAAUUCCUGGCGACAGUCCACCGAUUCCAGAUCUCCGAGACUUAUCUGGUCCCGGCGAUAAUUCACACUAUCAAUCGCUGCACGUUGCCUGUCUCGGAAUAUCUGGCGUCACUGCGCUACGUGGGGGUCGCGGGAGCUCCCAUCGACGGUCCGUCAAUCGUGCAAUUCCGAAGCCGUCUCCACCCAAUGGCCUAUGCAUGCCAGCUGUGGGGUAUGACGGAGGUCGGUGUUGCUUUCCAGACCCGAUAUGGUCAGCAUGGAGACCCCGGCAGUAUUGGAACUUGCUUGAGAGGAUACGAGGUACGCCUGAUUGAUCAUGACGGCAACAUUGUCCGGAGUGAUGAACGUGCGGGGGAACUCUACGUGCGGGGUCCCGGCUUGCUUUUGGCAUACAAGGGCCGUACGGAUGCGAAGGAGGCACAGGGUUGGUACCGCACUGGCGAUGUGGCCUUUAUGAAGCAAGGCCAUUAUUUUAUCGUUGGACGGACCAAGGAACUCAUCAAAGUGCGAGGAUGGCAAGUCGCUCCAGCUGAAAUCGAGGGUGUCCUGCUUCAGCAUCCCGGAAUUGCAGAUGUCGCUGUCACCGGUGUGAACUUGAAGGAUGGCAGUACCGAAGUCCCACGAGCAUUUGUAGUGCGAUCGCGCGACCCAUCCGUGAGCCGCUUGAGUGCGGAAGAAGUAUACAAUUACGCCCGUCAACAUCUGGCCAGUUACAAGUCGCUGGAUGGUGGUGUGGUCUUCGUGGAAGAGAUUCCCCGAACGGCCAGUGGCAAGAUCCAGCGAUUCAAGCUCUCCCAGAUGAAUGACUACCGGGAGAUGGUUGCGUCUCUACUCCAACGCUUUGAAACUGGGGGAACCUCGGCGGUGGGUCACGCACUGCCCUCGAGUGCCGAUGUUCCCCCCGUUGGUGUUGCGUGA